UGCCUAAACUCCUCUGUCAGCCUGUAAACAUUACCUGAGAAUUCCCCAGCCGAAACGGCUGCUGGGGCAAGAAACUUCUUGUUAGAACUUUCCACCUCCGGCUUCCCCUCCAGCCCUCUUACCGUCCCAACCUUCUCCGACGCUUUUUCUCCUCCUGAGAAGGAUUUAUCUUUUUUUUUCUUUUUUUUCCCCCUUUUCUUUUUCUUUCUUUCUUUCUUUCUUUUUUUUUUUUCCUCUCACUCCGUGCUUUGCUUUUGGGAAGAGGUGAUUUCAAGAGUGGCCAGGUGGGACGCCUCUCUCCCCCCCACCCUUCAUUCGGUUUAUUUAUUAUUGUUUGGGGUGUUUUCUUUUUUAAUUCCUGUUUUGCUCGGUCCGGGGAGUUUCGCCCCCCCCCCGCCUGGCUCCGCCGCGCGGAGGAUGGUGUGGAAAUGGCUGGGCGCGCUGGUGGUGUUCCCUCUGCAGAUGGUCUAUCUGGUGGUCAAAGCAGCCGUCGGAUUGGUGCUGCCCGCCAGGCUUCGGGACCUGUCGCGGGAGAACGUCCUCAUCACCGGCGGCGGCAGAGGCAUCGGGCGCCAACUUGCUCGCGAGUUCGCAGAACGCGGCGCCAGAAAGAUUGUUCUCUGGGGCCGGACUGAGAAAUGCCUGAAGGAGACGACAGAGGAGAUUCGGCAGAUGGGCACCGAGUGCCACUACUUCAUCUGUGACGUAGGCAACCGGGAGGAGGUAUACCAGACGGCCAAAGCUGUCCGGGAGAAGGUGGGCGACAUCACCAUCCUGGUGAACAAUGCCGCCGUGGUCCACGGGAAGAGCCUCAUGGACAGUGACGAUGACGCCCUUCUCAAGUCCCAGCACAUUAACACCCUGGGCCAGUUCUGGACCACCAAGGCCUUCUUGCCGCGCAUGCUGGAGCUGCAGAACGGCCACAUCGUGUGUCUCAACUCCGUGCUGGCGCUGUCUGCCAUCCCCGGCGCCAUCGACUACUGCACGUCCAAAGCCUCGGCCUUCGCCUUCAUGGAGAGCCUGACUCUGGGGCUGCUGGACUGCCCGGGCGUCAGCGCCACCACCGUGCUGCCCUUCCACACCAGCACCGAGAUGUUCCAGGGUAUGAGGGUCAGGUUCCCCAACCUCUUCCCCCCACUGAAGCCGGAGACCGUGGCCCGGAGGACAGUGGAAGCCGUUCAGCUCAAUCAGGCCCUCCUCCUUCUCCCGUGGACAAUGCAUGCCCUCAUUAUCUUGAAAAGCAUACUACCACAGGCUGCACUGGAAGAGAUCCACAAAUUCUCAGGAACCUAUACCUGCAUGAACACUUUCAAAGGGCGGACAUAAAGGCAGGAUGCAGAGACACGCUCGAAAGCCACGGAACCUGAGGAGGCCACGGCACGUGGGCACACCCCCAUGUGCCUGUCCCUUGGCACACUUCUGCUGGGUGAGCGGGACUGCUCCUGUCCCCAGGAAGAAUCCAGGUGAACCCCCAGGCCGGCCCCAGGACCUUUGCACAAGACUGAUGGGCGUAACUCUGACCCCCAUGGGGAGGCAAGAGACCAGCCAGCAGCCACCUUGACACUUUCAUACAUUUCUGAUUCUGUAGAGUUUAUUGUUAAGUCGCUUCUCGAGUCUAACCAGCCUUAGCAGUAUGUAUAGACUCUUUCCAGAGGGUCUAUGCCCAGAUGUUCUUUUCUUUCCAAAAUCCACCCAUCCUCUGCUUGUGCAAACUGGUUGUAUGGCAGGAAUGGUAAAUAAAGAGAUGGUUUUUGCGA